GUUUUCAGGAGCUUAUGUUAGCCCUCUCUCCCCGCUGUAAUCCAUUUUUAUUCCCCCUCGCUCAAUUUCUUCCCAAAAUAGAUCUCGCAGAUUUAGUUGCUCUCAAGCCCAAAGGUGCCAUCUUUUCUCAAUUUCCUUCUUAAUCUCUCUAAUUUUGGUUGCUUAUUUUCGUUUACUACUACUCGAAGUAGGCUUGGAUUCUGAUUCAUCUCUAAAUUUCCAAUUUUGGGCCGUUUGAUUGCUUACUUUUGGCUCCAGCCUUUUUGGGUCGCACUAGAGAACAUGGAUUUUCCUUCAGUUGCUAUGUUAUCUUGUGAUUUGACUCGUUUCUAGUGUUCAAUUGGAAAAAAGCUGAGAUCUUGCUUGUUGAAGUUUAGGUUUCAAUAGAUUGCAGCGACAAGAUGCAAUUGUUUGUGCUUUUGAUCGUGUUAGGGUUUAUUUAUGCUUGCAAUGCGUAUACACCAGUAGAUAACUAUUUGAUAGAUUGUGGGUCUUCAACCAACACAACGAUUGAUGGUAGGGUUUUCCUUCAAGAUCUCUCAGUUUCCUCGUCAGUUUCGACCCCCGAAAAAAUCCUUGCAAGUACUACAUCCAAUUCAGCCUCUUCCUUUGACAACUCAGAACUCUACCGAACUGCCCGAAUCUUCACUGGUCCUUCGUCUUACUCAUUUCCAAUUAAGAAGCAAGGCAGACACUUCAUUCGCCUCUAUUUCUUCCCAUUCGUGUACCAAAAGUACAAUCUUACUUCUUCUAAGUUCUCGGUCUCAACCGAAAGUUUCCUCCUCGACAAUUUCGAUGCACAAAGCAAUGCAGGUCCUGUGUUUAAAGAGUACUCUUUGAAUAUAACGUCCGAUACCCUCAUCCUUGGUUUUACUCCGUGGGAAGGAUCAUCCAUCGCCUUUGUUAAUGCCAUUGAAGUCGUUUCGGUCCCUGAUGAUCUUAUAGGGGGUGAUGCGCAAAUCUUGAAUCCUCCGGGGACUUAUAAGGGUUUACCUGAAGAAGCAUUGGAAUUGGUUUAUCGAGUGAAUAUGGGCGGGCCAAAGGUUGCUUCCAGCCAAGAUAGUUUGGGGAGAACUUGGAUUCCUGAUCAAACCUUUAUGCUCGAUGUCAAUCUUGCCAACCCUAAAAAUUUCUCGGGAAAAAUCAACUACCAAAAGGAUGAAGGAGCAACUGAAGAAACUGCUCCUCGUAUUGUUUAUGCCACAGCGAGAGAACUGGCCACUUCGGACACCCCAGAUGAAAAUUUCAACAUGACAUGGGAGUUUAAUGUAGAUUCAAACCCUUUAUACCUUGUUCGGUUGCAUUUUUGUGAUAUAGUUAGUGAAGCUCUCAAUCUUCUCUACUUCAAUGUGUAUAUCAAUGGCUUGUCAGCGCUUCGUGAUGUUGAUUUAUCUACGCUUAUGGUGAAUAAAUUGGCUGCACCUUAUUAUGCCGAUUUUAUUGUUGGGGUCAGUGAUGGAUCGAAUAAGCUUCGUGUUAGUAUUGGGCCUUCGACCCUUAAUAGCGUGAAGUCAGAUGGGAUCCUUAAUGGGCUUGAGGUGAUGAAGAUGAAUGUCUCUGAUGGGAGUUUUGAUGUGGGAAGUGUUGCAAAAAAUAACCAUACUGUUAUUUUGGGAUCAGUUCUUGGUGCAGUUGCUUUUACAGUGAUUUUAGCUUUGGUUCUUGCUUUCAUAGUGCAAAGAAGAAAAAUGGCAGGAAAUCAACAUUCGAAAUCGUGGGUCCCUUUCUCUGUGUUUGGAUUCAGCAUAGCUGGAUCCUCAAAGGGAAGUAUGAUUUCAUCCCUUCAACACACAGAUAUGGGGCUUCAGUUCUCCUUCAUUGUAUUGCAAGAGGCAACACAAAACUUCGAUGAGAAUCAAGUAAUUGGAGUUGGAGGAUUCGGCAAAGUCUACAAGGGAAUUCUAAGGGAUGGCACUAAAGUUGCAGUGAAGAGAGGAAACCCAAAAUCUCAGCAAGGUCUUAGAGAGUUUCGAACUGAGAUUGAUUUGCUCUCUAGACUUCGUCACCGACACUUGGUCUCUCUCAUUGGCUACUGUGAUGAGCGAAAUGAGAUGAUUUUAGUUUAUGAGUACAUGGAAAAAGGAACUCUUAAAGGACAUCUCUAUGGCUCGGAUUUUCCUCAUCUCAGUUGGAAGCAAAGGCUUGAAAUUUGCAUCGGAUCAGCAAAAGGGCUUCAUUAUCUUCAUACGGGUUCAGCAAAGGCUAUAAUUCACCGUGAUGUGAAGUCUGCUAACAUUCUCCUCGAUGAAAAUCUCAUGGCAAAGGUUGCGGAUUUUGGGUUGUCAAAGACCGGACCCGAAUUGGAUCAGACCCAUGUGAGUACUGCAGUUAAAGGGAGUUUUGGUUAUCUUGAUCCUGAGUAUUUUCGAAGGCAACAAUUAACAGAGAAAUCUGAUGUAUACUCAUUUGGCGUGGUGCUUAUUGAAGUUCUUUGUGCAAGACCUGUUAUUGAUCCUACUCGACCAAGGGAGAUGGUGAAUUUAGCAGAAUGGGUGAUGAAAAUGAUGAAGAAAGGGGAAUUAGAGCAAGUUAUUGAUCCUCAUCUUGCAGGAAAAAUUAAGUCUGAUUCCUUAAGGAAAUUUGCAGAAACUGCAGAAAAAUGUCUUUCAGAGUAUGGAGUUGAUCGUCCAGCGAUGGGGGAUGUUUUGUGGAAUCUCGAUUAUGCCCUUCAGCUUCAAGAAGCAGGACCGAGCGAACUCGAGGAUGAUAGCGUCAAUAGAAUCUCUGAACUUCCUUCACAAGUUAGAAAUAUCGGCACAUUUGAUUCUGCUGCAUUAGAGGAGGGGCUUGCUGCAAAUAUUGGGGAUGAUUCAGAAGUCUCCAUGAAUAGAGUUUUCUCUCAGUUGAUCAAGUCAGAGGGGAGGUAGAAUUUGUUGUGGAUUUUUUGUUGCAUUUUACGUGUUCUAGGGAUCUAUUUGUGUUUGCAUGAGAGUUUGAUUACGGAUUUUUUUUAAUUGUUUACUUGUAUGGUUGAUUCUUGUAACAAACAUCCUUGCGCCAUGAACAUGGUGUGAAUUCUUUGUACUGUACAUCUUUAUUAUGUUGAGGAAAUUCUUUAUUUA